CACGCGCUCUCGGGCAUAAUUUCAAUUUCAAGCCCUGAGGGUCGUGAUCAGACGAAUCCAUCAGAAGACAUCUUCGAAUACUUAUGACCAUCAUACCCUGUGUAUGACCACCGCUCAUGCAAGCCAUCGCCUCCAAUGUUUGAAUGCCGUUCUUGUACACUACGGUGUUUGGAAGCCAUUAUCGGACAGUCCUUGCCACUUCGCCGGGCUUCACGAUCAUCAAUCGUUUCUUCUCGAUUCACCCCUGCUUCAUCCUCCAGAGGUCUAUCGAUAUUUGCGUCUGUACGCAGCAAUGGGAAAACAAUCGCAAUAGGGAACAGUGAUGGCUUCUCAAGCGCCGACCAUCUCGUCUCAAAAGGAGGAAAAAGUUCGUCUUUGAGCCCGAAAGAGGAGAAGGCUCUCCGCGUUGAGAUUCAGUAUCUUCAGGACCCUGUGAAAUUUGCGGAUCACGUUCAUUACACUCUUCGAUGCGGCAAACCGGAGAAAGCGCUGGAUUUGUGCCGUCUUGCUAGCAAGGAGAUGGAUUGUAUUGUAGCGUGGAACCACACGGUCGAUUGGCAUAUGCAAAAGGGCAAAGUCAACGAUGCUUUCAAGAUCUACAACGAAAUGAAGAAGCGCGCACAAUUCCCAGACAGCUAUACGUAUAUGAUGCUGCUGCGAGGUUUUCCACAGCAUCGGACGCAUCAUGGGGCGGAGACCAAGAAAGGCAAUGUUAGUAAGGCGGUGGCAUUGUUUAACAGCAUGAGUUCUCCCCAGAGCAAAGUGAAGCCAAACAUCAAACACACAAAUGCGGCGCUGCGAGUAUGUUCUAUUGCCAAGGAUAUGGAUGCUCUCUGGAGCAUUGCAGGCAAACUUCCAACGUCAGGGGCCAACAGCGCCGACCACAUCACAUACACGAUUCUACUCGGCGCAAUAAGAUGUCAGGAUUUUGGUGACGAGAAGACGGACACGAAUACGAGCCCCGAUGGCAAUGUUGACGUGUCAACCGAUAUCGUGAAAUUGAAGCGGGACGCCGUUGACGAGGGCCGCAGAAUAUGGCAAGAGAUUGUCGUCAGGUGGCGUCAGGGCGAGAUCAUCCUUGAUCAUAGCCUUGUGUGUGAGAUGGCGCACCUUUUGCUAUUAAGUGGGCGCAUGGAGGAUUGCGACGACAUUCUCAAUCUUGUACAGCAGACCAUGAACAUUCCGCGACUUCUUCCACUGCUAGGAUCUCCAAGCAGAAAGACGGACCACGUUCCAAAGAGCGCUGACAUGAAAUCGCCGUUGGCGAGUGCAGACGAUAGUGAAGGUUGGACUCCAGCGUCGUCGGCGAAUGCUUUUCUUCAGGUCCUGUCGCUCACACCGGAUUCAAGCAGCUCUCGGAAUUCACAGCAGCUCGCGUGGGUACAGCCAGACAAUGAUAUUCUGAAUUGCGUCCUCGAGGCCUGUAGUCGCAUGCGAGCGUCGAAAGGUGUUUAUGCUUAUUGGGAUGCAUUUGUCACAGAACGUGGUCUGAGGCCAGAUCUUGGGAACUUUCACACCCUCCUCGCAUUCAUGCGAGUCAAUCGCAACUCUGGCAAAGCUGCAGGACUGCUUCAGCAAAUGCACAAUCUAGGCCUCGAGAUGCGGAACAAGACUUUCCGUGCCGCCAUGGCAGUGUGCUCCCGAGACGUCAAGAAUGUCAACGUCGUUCAAAAUGCAACGAAGAUAAUUGAGGUGAUGAGCGCAGCGUUACUCUUGCCUGAUGUGCACACGCUUGACGUGUACCUCAGCAUUGCUGUAUCAACCAGGAAUGGUGACCAGAUCAUUGCGGCCCUCGACGCAAUCCAGCCUUUCGUCGGCGUAUACAGAUCACGCGCGGCGUCUGGGGAUAUGAGGACAGAAGGCAGUGAUUAUGAUAUAGACGAAGAGCAGGCGCUUCAGCUAUUCAGAGCGAUGAUCAGUGCCAUAGACAUGGUUGAUGAUAAGGGUCUUUUGUCGGGUGAGCGUCUUCGGGAGCUUCUAGGACGCCGAUCGGAGCUCGACAGCAUCGUGAACCGCGCUCUGAACAACUAUCACUUGCGGCGGGAACGGCGCGGGCGUGAAAGCUCGUCAAAAGCUCGUUUUGACACCUCCGAAAGGCCAGUCAACACUGGAGCUGCCUUCCGAAGAGUCCGGCCACCCCCCAUGUCAAUGGGCAAGGCUGCUUGGGAUGCAAGGACGGCUAGAUACCGAACGAAGCGCAUAGGUAUGCGGAGGGCCGAUGCUUUUUGAACUGUACAGGUCGUGUAAUAUAGUUGUCUGACCACCAGUGCAAUAAAUGUAUAUUUGUUUCAACCCGCAUUCCGCGC